ACGCAGGAGCCGCCAUUUUGACAGAGCAACCUUAGUGACAGGAGCCGAAGCAGCCGCGCAGGUUGUCCCCGUUUCCCCUCCCCCUUCCCUUCUCCGGUUGACUUCCCGGGCCCCGUACACGCCACAGCCCCGGCCCCGCCAUGUCCCAGAAACAAGAAGAGGAGAACCCUGCGGAGGAGACCGGCGAGGAGAAGCAGGACACACAGGAGAAAGAAGGUAUUCUCCCUGAGAGAGCUGAAGAGGCAAAGCUAAAGGCCAAAUAUCCAAGCCUAGGACAAAAGCCUGGCGGAUCUGACUUCCUCAUGAAGAGGCUUCAGAAAGGGCAAAAGUACUUUGACUCAGGAGACUACAACAUGGCCAAGGCCAAGAUGAAGAACAAGCAGCUGCCAAGUGCAGGAGCGGACAAGAACCUGGUGACUGGUGACCACAUUCCCACCCCUCAGGAUCUGCCCCAGAGAAAGUCCUCACUCGUCACCAGCAAGCUCGCGGGUGGCCAAGUUGAAUGAUGCUGCCCGGGGCUCCGCCAGAUCCUGAGACGCUGCCCCCCUGGGUCCUGUGCUGGCUCCUGCCCCUCCCUGCUUUUGCAGCCAGGGGUCAGGAGGUGGCUCGGGCGCGGGCUGGAGAGGCAGAAGCCCCUGCCCGUCGGUGUCCCAGCGCAUGGAGCCCCUUGGGCUGAGCACCAAGACCUUGAACCUUUUUUGUUUUACCUUUUUCCAAAUGACUGUUGGGAGAAAUCUCAGUGAAAUCCUGGAAGGAAUGGGGAAUGUUUGAGAAGGUGGGGUGGGAGAUUUAGGGGAAUAUGAAUUAGAGACUGAGGUUGACAAAAACAUUCCUGAUUAUCCUCCUUCCUAACCAUGUGGCUGAUGUGGGAUGAGUGUGUGGGGGAAGAGGUGGAGUAGACUAACGAUGAGGGAUUCUAAUUCAGCUCUGCAGAAAAUUGUUUGCUUGGAUGUGGCUGGGGACCUAGUGUCAGAUAAAAGAAAUUGUCCAUCUAAAUAGCUCCUCUGGUUCUGCAGAACAGGCUAAGAAUGCAAUUAAUGUUAAUUGUUUGUUUAAAAAAUGCUGUCCUAGAAAUAGAUUUGCUUGGGGAGAGGGGCAGUGAAUGUGGGGGAAAGGGUCCAUGAGAAUGGAGAGCCCCACAGAGCCCAGGGGACUUUUUCAGUAUCUGAAAUAAAAAAAGAAAAGACAAUGACCUAUGAAAAACCCAACCCACAAAUA